GCCUCUCUGCUGGAAGGUUGUUUUCUUAACAUGCAUCAAGGCAGGAGCCAAAAGCCAAAAUCAGCGGUCCCCAGGCAUCCCAGUCUUGCCCAAUACUCUCCCCUGGCACAGCCCUGCCCAUCCCACCUUCACGGUCAGGGCAGCGUAUAUUAGAAGCAGCCAGUCCUGCAUGGAAGACAGGCAUCGUUCUGCACUGACAGAGAGCCGUCACAGCUACGAGGACUCCCUUUGGUGUGACAGGAUUUAAGAGACGCUGCAGAGAACGGGUCUGGUGCGACAGAUAACUGACAGGAACCAAUCAGAGAUGAAGCUUCUUACAAUCGCCCUCGUCAUCGUCCUUCUUACAACAGCCUCUGCUAGGCCUAAGCGUCGGCGUUGGCAUCAAAAGGCUGACAUCAGGGACAAGGACCAGAGACAGGGAUGGCUGGAUAAAUACAAGUGGUUGUCUUGGUUGUGUAAUAAAAAUUCUAGCCAUGAAGGCUCUUCCUCUGAUGAGUCGCAGGAAUCCAGUGAAUCCUCUGAAGAGUCAUCGGAGGAAGUUCAAAUACCCGAUCAGACCACCCCGUUCAUGCCCACCACGUCGUCCACGCCCACCACUACACCAGACAGGAGCACCCUCUCCCCCACACCGGGGAACGUAACCACAAACCGGCCAACUGCUGCGCCCCCCACAACAACAACCACAGCUGUUGUGAUCACUUCUCCUGGCGGUGUGACCCCAAAUGUUACACAGAGGUUUCCCACGGCAGCUCCCAUCACAGACAACAGAGGGGACAACUGAGCAACUUUGAUUCCUGCUGACUGAUCGCGAACGAUGACUUAUCAUAUCCAUGUUUGAUUCUGUUUUUGAGGGUUAAUCACAAUGGGCAUCAAAAAAAGAAAAAAAUAACUUACAAGUACAUAUAUUAAGGGAAGCUAAUUUGAAAAUUAAAGUUAAACUAUAAAUACUAGCUGGUAUAAGAACUUAGCAGGGAAGAGUUGUAGCAAAGUGCCUUGAGAUGCAGUUUCUUCAACGACCACUAGAUGCAGGACCAAAAGAUGUACAAAGCUGAUUGUUGAACAUUUUAGUUGUGUGUAUUAAUAGUAAUUAAAAGAGUAUUUU